AUGGUGGUGUCAAUAGUUUAUGCCAAAUGUGAUGAAGGAGAUAGAUUGCAGUUGUGGGAUGAUAUGUAUGGUUUGGCUAGUAACAUGGCACUCCCUUGUUUGAUUGGUGGUGAUUUUAAUGUGAUUUUGAAUAAAGAGGAGAAAAUAAGAGGGCAUCCUUUCACAUGGUGGAAUGGUAGGGCUGCUAAUGAUUGUAUCUUCAAGAGGCUUGAUAGAAUGUUGUAUAAUGAGUUAUUUCAGGACUGGUUUGGUAAUUUUGAGGUGGAACGUUUGUCUAGAAUAGGAUCAGAUCAUGCUCCUUUACUGUUAACUUGUGGAGAUCAGGAAUCCUUUCUAGACUUGGUUAGACAGCAUUGGGAAGAAGAUUUAUCUGAUGAUGUGUUACUUUCAUUUAAACUCAAACUGAAGAAGGUGAAAAUUUCUUUAAGCAAGUGGAGCAAGGAUACUUUUGGAGAUAUUUUCAAGCAACUGAUUAUCAGAGAGGAUAUAGUGAAAAUCAAAGAACAGCUAUUUGAAGAGGAUCCUUCAGAAGAGAAUAGAAUGGUGAUGCAAAGGGCUCAGGCUGAACUUAAACUAUACUUGCAUUAUGAAGAAGAAUUUUUUACACAAAAAGCUGGAAUGGACUGCUUCUCAGAAGGUGAUAAAAUACAAGGUUUUUUCAUAGUUUGGUCAAAGCAGUUUUCUCAAGAAGCUCAGAUUGAAGACUCAGCUAUUCUUAAGCAUGUUCCUGAAAUGAUUAAGGUGGAUGAUAAUGUAUUGUUAGAAGAACAACCUACCAUGGAAGAAGUGAAGAAAGCUGUUUUUGAGUUAUCAGGUGACAGUGCUUGUGGACCUGAUGGUUUUUCUGGGAUAUUUUAUCAGAGGUGUUGGGAAGUGAUCAAAGUUGAUGUGUUUAAUGUAGUGAAAGCCUUCUUUGAGGGUCAUACCCUUCCUAAAUCUAUUACUCACACCAACUUAGUGUUGUUGCCAAAGAAGAAUGUGGUGGAAUCAUUUUCUGAUAUGAGGCCUAUAAGUCUCAGCAACUUCAUUAAUAAGGUUAUUUCCAGAGUGGUGUAUGGCAGGCUUGAUAGACUACUACCAACUAUGAUAUCUUUUAAUCAGUUAGGAUUUGUCAAGGGCAGGAAUAUUAUUGAGAAUGUAUUGUUGAUACAAGAAAUUGUUACAGACAUAAGGAUGAGAGGGAAGCCUACAAAUGUUGUUAUUAAGUUGGAUAUGACAGAAGCAUAUGAUAGAGUUUCAUGGCUAUAUCUCUAUGAUACCAUCAUAUUUUCAUUUGCAGAGAGUAAUUCAUUGCAGCUGAUCAUGGAGACUCUUCAAGAGUAUGAAAGGAUAUCUGGACAAUUGAUAAAUAAAAGGAAGAGUUAUUUUUAUAUGUAUAAGAAAGUGUCAAAUGAGCUGAUUCAACAGGUGGAAGCAAUAGCAGGAUUUGUGAGAGGUCAAUUCCCUUUUACAUAUCUUGGUUGUCCAAUUACUCAUGCAAGGAAGAGAAAGGUUGAUUAUACUAAGUUAUUGAAGAAAGUCAAAGACAAGUUGCAAACUUGGAAAGGGAAGAUGUUGUCUUAUGGUGGAAAGGCAGUAUUAAUCAUUAGUAUGCUCCACAGCAUUCCAAUUCAUAUAUUGUCUGCAAUCAGGUCACCAAAAUAUGUUAUAAAAGAGCUUCAUAAGAUUUUUGCAAAGUUCUUUUGGAAUAACAAGGAUGAAGGAAGAAGCAGACACUGGUCAUCAUGGCUUAAUAUGUGCCUACCUAAACAUGAAGGAGGGUUGGGAUUUAGGUCCAUCUUUGACAUAUCCUAA